GCGUGUGUACAUCAGAAUCCAUGCUGAAGUCCGUUGAUAGUGAUAUUUAGAGAAUGUGUACGAAAAUCGUCCAUUAAAUUUGUUAAACUCCACCGGACAUUUGAAAACAUCGCUAAAGGCUCUUGAUAUUUUCUGAAGAGAAAGAAGAAAAGUUGUUAUUAACCAGAACCAGCCUGUGCUUUGACUUUACCCAACAACCAACAUGAAGAUCAAGAGACAGAAACAAGCCAAGAAAACCAUAAGUUUCUACAAAUACAACUUCAACUUUAGGGAACCUUUUCAGAUCCUCAUCGAUGGGACUUUUUGUCAGGCUGCGUUGAAAAACAAGAUCCAGAUCAAAGAACAAAUGCCCAAGUACUUGAUGGGGGAGGUGCAUCUGUGCACCACAAACUGUGCACUGAAAGAACUGGAGACUCUGGGGAAAGAGCUGUAUGGAGCCAAAAUCAUCCUGCAGAGGUUUCAGGUCAGGAAUUGUCCACAUUUCAAGAACCCAGUCCCCGCUUCAGAGUGUCUGCUGUCCAUGCUGGGGGACACAAACCCACACCACUACUUUGUAGCCACUCAGGACCACACAGUGACCACGGGCCUGAAGAAGAUCCCAGGCGUUCCUCUGCUCUACAUCAUCCUCAACACCAUCGUGCUGGACAAACCCAGCCAGACGUCCCUCGACCACGUGCAGGCCGUCCAGCUCGGCCAGCUGGUGAGCCCGGCCCAGCAGCAGAGCAUCCGCAGCCUGAAAGAGGAGCAGGGAAUCAACCAGAAGGACGGAGAGAGGCGAGGGAAGAAGAGGAAGAGGAAACAGAACAACCCUAACCCUCUGAGCUGCCUUAAGAAGAAGAAGAAAGGAGUGCCGACGCCACCACUGAAGAAGUCAGAGCAGGGGGAGAAGAGGAAAAGAAGUCGACACAAGAAACAAAAUACGGAGUGAGGAGAUUAAUCUAUCUGCUCCUGCAGUUACAAAUACAUAAUAUGGCAAGAAGACAGAGACUUAAGCCAUGUUGUUUCUUGCAUAAAUAUUAUUCGAAGAAGUCAAAGAUGUUCAUGUUUAAUAUAACCCCAAUCUAAAAUUAUUACACUCUCCACAUUAACCUCUGGUCUGUUAUUCUGAUGUUACCACGUAGAACAAAUUGAUGUUUGUUACACAAAAUGCCAUUCUGAAAUACUGGUCAUGGUAUUUGUUUAAUUUUGAAAAGUUUUGCAACAGUUUCCAGGACUCAUGGCUUUGCAGGCAUGGAACUGAAACUGUUCAGAAACAAAGCAAUACUUUUGAGAUUGAGAGGAUUUGUCUUGGCUUUUAUACAAAAUAAAAAAGCAGGUUUACAGGCACAUAGUUUGAAAUAUAAGAUGCACUCAGACAUUACAUAACCAGCAGUUUAUAUGGAAGUGGAUAUCAAAAACGAUGCAUUCAGCUGUCUUCGCAGAAGCACAGAAAGAAGUGUGGUCACAAUGACAUACUAUACUGUACACUGUGUGAUUUGUUUUUUCUGCUAGAUUAGUUCUGUUGUAUUUUUGUCGUACGAUGAGUUUAGAGUCCAAACAAUGACGCAUAUCCCACAUGUGUUCAUUCAGACUUCUCUUGAUCAUGUUUCAGGUUUCCACGUCAUUUAGAUUAAAAAUCCAUUUUACUUUUAAAUAAAAAAACAAUUCAUUUCUCUACAACUGUUAUAUGUUAUAACAUUAAAUGAAUAUUGAACAGAG